AUGAAUGCGUCCUUUGGGCCUCGCGAAUGGAUCCGUAAUCCCAGAUUGCUCGAGCCGAACGAUGGCCAUGUAUUAGUGUCCAUACAGAAGAAGGAUGGCUUCAGCAUGUCACAGGUGAUCACUAGGAGUACUCGUUAUAGCGGGGAUCAUAGGAGGAUACCAUAUCCACCCGAUAUCCUGGAGGCGUUCAUUGAGUAUUGGAAGAUUGCGGAUAUUUGCUUCCGUGCACAAGCAAGAGCGGGAUCCUGCAGCUUCUUGUGUAACCCUGUACCUGGUGAUCCAUCCUACACCGGUCUUGUCAUACGGUUUGUCUACGGUCUACCCUUCCGUGGCACGCUAAUGAUCACGCACGAUCGCAACAGAAACAAUACCUACGUAAUAUGCUUUGGUAUCGCCUCAGAGCAUGCGCACAGACUAAUCGCGCGCUUGGAAGAGUCCCAAAGCUAUGCUUUGUUCCCGUUGCACGUGGCUUACCUGCUUUCGGAUAUCGUUCUUGAAGAUCUAGAACGGUUCUCUACGACCACUUACUAUGACUUCGUUUCUGUUCGGGAAGCCAUGGGCACAAAUCUUUACUCUCUGUCUGAAGAGCGCAUUACGCGCGCCCCUGAUCUGUUCGACAUGCCAAGGAGACUUACGGCUCUGGCGAACGCGCUGGCAAGCAAUUGCUCGUCUUUGAAGGGCGUGAGCGGCAUCCUCGAUAGCAUGGAGUCAUAUUUGGAGCGCAAGGAGAACGUGACGAACCAUAACACCGCUAGUUUCGAUGUCUUUGCCGAUCAGUUGAGCCUGAUGCGUCAAAUCGUUAAGAGCGCAUUAAGGAGAAAUGAGUAUGUGGAAGAAUCAGUGCAGGCGCAGGUUCAGAUGGUCUACGCUCUUCGGGCCCAGCAAGAUAAUGAGUUGAGCCACCAGUAUGGCGCCGACAUGCGGGUCAUCUCCAUAGUCACGCUCAUAUUUUUACCUGGAACUUUCGUUGCUACAGUCUUCAGCACCAGUUUCUGGGACUUCGAUCCGGCGAACGAAGGACCCAUGGUCUCUAAGUGGGUUUGGCUUUAUUGGGUCGUUACUGUGGUAUUGACGACAUGUGUCAUUAGUAUCUGGACAUGGUGGCCUUUGCUCGGGAAAUUCAAUGAGAGAAAAUUGCGGCCCUUGAAGGAUAUAGGGCAGACGAUGCUGGAAUGGAAACACAAGAAGUAG